CAUGCAUCAGAUUGUUCAGAUCAGUGUGGCUCUGGUAAACAUUGUCUGGAUCAUUUUCUUUUCAACACUAGACCCUUUUUUAGUUUUUAUACAAAAAAGAAGCAGCAGCUCUGAAAAGGAUAUUCUCAUGAGGGAAUUCUGUGUUCAGCCUUCCUUUGAUUUGAACUGGAAACCAACUCCAAUGCAAAUUAACAACACCAGCAGAACACUGCCGGCAAGGGGGGACACCAAUAGCUCGCAGAAUGAAGAAGUCAACUAUAUUGACAAGAGUCCUACGUCUGCUACACCUAAAAUGACAAUGAACAUCAACUCACUAGUAAAGCCAAAAAUCAAAAUGAACCCACCUGUGAAGGAGGAUUUGAGCCCCAAGCCAAGGCGUCCACCUAACAGUCCGAAGGUUGCUCUUACCUGUUGCUUCAUAUUUUCAACAAGAAUGUUGGCAAAAAAAAUUAUCCGUUCAUACUUCAUUACCAGCCCCCACUGUCGGAAGACUGCGGUCUUGUUUGUCACAAUGACAGGUAGUCGUAUCUGUGUGAAUCCAAGGCUCUUGUGGGUCCAAAGGAUCAUAGAGGAUCUAGACAAAGAAACAUUUUAAAGUGACCAACAGCUCUACGCUUACGUUGCUUCUGCUUAAUGUAGAGAUUAUGACUAUUUUAUGUAUUCAUAAUUUUUGUCUGUUUUUGCUUAUUAAUAAAAACACCUACCAGCCUCUA